AUGGCGCUCCGCGGGGGGAGAUGGCGCGCCGGCACGCGCAGAUGGGAUGGGCUCCACGCAGGCGCAAGCAGCGGUAAUCCCGCCGCGAAUGACGGCGGGAAUCCCGGAGGAUACGCGUAUGGUUACAGCAACCGGCCGCCACCCAAGCCCACACCGACUUAUGAAGAGCAGUUGGAGCAGCGAAUGCGGGAGGUGAUGAGCAUGCCAGGGGACGUGGCAAGGCGGCUAUGGCGCCUCAUCACAGAACAGCCCGAGGAGUUCCGCCUUGUCCGCUUCCCCUCCUGGAAAGAGAUGAUCACUGUGACAUUGCUCACAUUCCUCUUUAUUGUCGUCCUCAUCAUUUUCAUCUCAUCUGUUGACUCUGUGUUGGCACGGGUGCUCACUCCCCGCUUCAAGCCUGCAUAA